GAAGAUCAUUAAAAAUCAUUAUUUAAAUAUAUCAUGUGUGUCUCUCCUAGCAAACAUGUCAUCAUCACACAACAAAAUCAUUGCGUCCUCUUUCUCCUUUCAUUUUUUCCCUUGUUUUGCUUCAAAUUGAUCAAACUCAAAACUAUAUAUAUAUAACCCUCAAACCCAACCAACCCCCUUACAAUAUAUAACCCCUCACAUUCUCAACACAACACAACACAACACAAAAACCAUAUAACCGGUCACCCACCAAAACCAUGGUCUCCGAGAACAUCCGAGUCUCAAAACGCGUUUGCAUUAUUGGUGCUGGCCCAUCAGGCUUAGUGGCAGCCAGAGAGCUAAGGAAGGAGACCCAUGAUGUGGUUGUUAUUGAGCAAAACAACGAGGUGGGAGGACAAUGGCUUUAUAAUGACGAUGAUCAUGAUCAUGACCAUGAUCAAGAUCAAUUGGGAGUGGGAAAUGACGGUGUAAAAGUGCAUAGCAGCAUUUACUCGUCAUUGAGACUCACCUCCCCAAGAGAAAUAAUGGGUUAUAGUGAUUUCCCAUUUUUGAUUAAGAAAGGAAGAGAUGUGAGGAGGUUUCCUGGGCAUAGGGAGCUUUUGUUGUAUCUAAAGGAUUUCAGUGAGCGGUUUGAGAUUAGAGAGUUGAUUAGGUUUAACACUAGAGUUGAGUAUGUGGGUAUGUUGGAUUAUGGAAAGUUUGGGAAGGAUUUGAGAUGGAUUGUGAGGACUAAGGAUCAAAACAUGUCUCAUGAUCACAAGGUGGAAGAAGUUUUUGAUGCUGUUGUGGUGGCCACAGGCCAUUAUUCUCAACCUAGGUUGCCUCUCAUCAAAGGUAUGGAUGUAUGGAAAAGAAGGCAAAUACACAGUCAUGUUUACAGAGUUCCUAAACCAUUCCAGAAUGAGGUGGUGGUGGUGGUUGGGAACUCACUAAGUGGGCAAGACAUAUCAAUGGAGCUUGUAGAUGUGGCAAAGGAGGUUUAUCUAAGUGUUAAGUCUCUUCAUCAAAUUUCCCAGGGCUUGUCUAAAGUCAUAUCCAAGCAUCCUAACUUGCAUCUGUAUCCUCAGAUAGAAGCCCUUGAAGAAGAUGGAAGAGUAUUCUUCAUGGAUGGAUCAUGGGUUAUUGCAGAUACCAUCAUAUAUUGCACAGGGUAUUCUUAUUCAUUCCCAUUUCUUGACACCAAAGGAAUAGUAAUGGUAGAUGAUGAUAGAGUGGGACCAUUAUAUGAGCACACCUUCCCCCCAUCACUUGCUCCAUCCCUCUCCUUUGUUGGCAUCCCUAGAAAGAUCAUUGGGUUCCCUUUCUUCGAGUCUCAAGCAAAAUGGAUAGCACAAUUGUUGUCGGGGAAGAGAACUCUCCCUUCACAAGAGGACAUGAUGAAAUCAAUCAAGGACUUCUAUCACUCAAAAGAUAUCUCAGGCAUUCCCAAGCAUAAUACCCAUGACAUUGCUGAUUUUGAGUAUUGUGAUAAAUAUGGAGACAAUGUUGGGUUCCCACAUCUUGAAGAAUGGAGGAAAGAUCUGUGCCUAUCUGUCUUGAAGAACUCAGAAGUCAACUUGGAGACGUAUAGAGAUUCAUAUGAGCAUGAUCAUGACUUGCUUCAAGUUGCUCAUCAAAGCCUUCACUUUACUCAACUUGAGGAUGAAGAUCAUUUUGCAUAAUCUUUUUGGGAAUUUUAAGUUGUUUUAAUUCUACUCUACUCCAUAUAUUCCAAUUAUAUGAACAAUUUGCUGUCAAAAACAAAAACUCAGAUUUGAUGGUCAAAUUGUCCAUGUAAAUGGAAAUAAUAUAUAUAUUAAUAUGGAAAUAAAGUACUUGCUCGAUCCUCUGUCUUAAAGUAAAUUGACAGGUCGAUCAGAAUUUGCAAGGGAUUCUUUUAGAUCCGUUUAUUUAUUUUAGAGCAGAUGGGUGGUGUUUAUCUCCUCCAUGUAUCUCAUUUUGUAUUCAAAAUUUAUAACUUGAAUUAUUAUUGGAUUGUUUAUUUGUAUUACAUGUUCAAAGUAUGUGUCAAUCUUUACUUUCUUAUUAUGUUAUAUAAUUUUCUCUGUUGGUAUUGA